AUGAGGUUUACUGUAGACAGCAGCAAACUUCUCCGAUAUCUUCGAGCUGCUCGAAGCCCACGCCAACAGACGGCAGCCAUACUGCAGCGCCUUUGUAACUUUGUCGCGACCCUCUGCAGCAGCAGCAGCAGCAGCAGCAGCAGCAGCAACACACAGGGGACAAGCGUGAAGGCAACCACCGGCGUAUGCAGCAACAACAGAGUCACAAAAACAGCAGCAGCAGCAACAGCAACAACAACUGCAACAACAGGAGAUAGCAGCAGCAGCAACAACAGCAUCGGCAACAGCGACAGCAACAAGCGCUACAGCAGCAGCAGGAGCAGCAGCAACAGCAGAAGCAGCAGCAGCAGCACCUGUCUUGUUGAGGAAGGUGACGAGUCUGUCUACAUCUGCGCUGAAGACGUUGGGCCCGUGACCUUGGCUGCUGCUGCUGCUGCUGCUGCAGCUGCUGCUCCUACGGGUGCCCUUCGAGGUGCUGCUUGUACUGCUCUCUCCUUUCUCUAUACUACUACUGCUGCUGCUGCUGCAGCAACAGCAACAAUGGGCCGCUCCCCCUCUCCUGUAGCCAGGAGGCGCUCACGCAGCCCUGCUGCUGCAGAUCGUAAGAGGCGACACCGGCGCAGCCGCAGCCGCAGCAGCAGCAGCAGCAGCAGGCGCAGCAGCAGCAGGAAGCACCACCGCCGCAGCAGCAGCGGAAGCGCGCGACACCGCGUUAAGGAUCGUGGGGGAUCUCGGGGGCGCAGCAGCGCAGCAAUAGCAGCAGCAACAGGCAGCAGCAGCAGCAGACAGAAUCGGCGCCGCAGCCGCAGCAGCAGCCCUCGCAGACGCAGCAGACGAGAUGUAAGUCGCAGCAGCAGCAGCAGCAGAUUCAGACGUCCUUUGCGUCGCUCUCCUUCAGUGCAGCGUCCUUCUGCUGCUGGAGGGAGAGGGUUUGGUGCUGCAGCAUCUAGGGGCACAUAUGGUAUGGGCAGCAGCAGCAGCAGCAGCAGCAGCUUCCGAGCGACGAAUGGAUCUGCUGCUGCUGCUGCUACUCCCCCUGUCUCUUAUGGAUACGGUGCACGAAGAGGGCCUCCUAAUCUGCUGCCGCCGCUGCCAGCAACAGCAGGCUCAGGGUUAGGCAUUCGUAGUGUGGGGCCGAGCAGCAGCAGCAGCCCUUGGGGUUUCGGCAGCAGCAGCAGCAGCAGCAGCAGCAGCGCGGGAUGGUUCAGCAACGUGCCUAUACACCCCAAUGACCCUCGUGCUGCUAAUAGAACCAACUGGAGAGGCGGGUCUCCGCCCCCAGAGUUUUUCGCUGCAAGAUUAAAGUUAAGAGGAGACAUGCAGAAGGCUCAGGAAGAUAGAAUGUUAAGAAGAGCUCAGAAAAAGGCGGCUCGGCGGCAGCAGCUACGUGCAGUAAACCGCGAGAAGGAGCCGCCCUUCUUGCUGCGCGUUUUUUGUCGUUUAGACUCGCAGCAUUCAGUAGAAGAGUUUAGGGUGUACGCGUGGAUGGACACACGCCUGCGCGAAAUUUGUUAUUUAAUUAAAGACGUCUGUGCAGAAGCGAGAGAUAGAAAAGCGCUGUGGCAGUUUAGGCUCUGCUACCCCGAUAAAGAAGGGCAAAAUGUAUUUGCUGACGUCGGUUUGCUGCACUCUAUCAUACCCGAUCCCAAGGAAGACUCUCGUACCCUCGCGGACGUGAAGUUUCAAGUAGGCGACUUCUUAGUGUUAUCGAUUUUAAGGAAGCAGAGCAGCAGCAGCAGCAGCAGAAAGCUUGCCCCACACCCUGACCCUAAGCUGAAGAUGCAAGAGGGGUGGGUAUACACCCCAAGGCCUUCUGUGCUGCAUCAAGCGCUGCCUUAUGCUCCUCCUGCUGCUGCUGCUGCUGCUGCUGCACCUGCGGCGGCGGGGGCAGCGCCUCCUGCUGCUCCUGCUCCUGCUGUGGAAGCAAAAGGAAGCAGCAGCAGUGCUGCAGCUGAAGACGCAGCAAACCAAGACACAGAUAUGGUUGUGGAUAAGGAACCUGCUGCAGAUGCUGCUGCUGCUCCUAAACCAGCAGCAGCAGCAGCAGAUGAAGACACAAGCAAGCAGGCUGCUGCACAGCCAACGGAGGAUGCAGCAGCAACACCAACAGCAGCAACAACGACGAAUCAGCAGCAGCAAAAGGAGAAGCAGCAGCUGGAAGGUCGUUCAGAGGAGCAGCAGCAAGAAGAAGAACAGCAGCAGCAGCAGCAGCAAGAUGAGCAGCAGCAGCAGCAACAGCAACAAGAGGGAGAAAACCUGGUUAAGUCGCCAAGCGAGGAGCAGGAACCCGCAGAAGAAGAAGCGGCUGUCGAGGCUCCUCAGAAGAGCAGCAGCAAGAAGAGUAAACCAGUCGUUGCAGAGAGCAGCAGCAGCAGCAGCAGCAGCAGCAGCAAGAAGGGAAAAGCAGCUGCGUCGGAAAGCAGCAGCAGCAGCAGCAGCAGCAGCAGCAGCAAGAAGGGGGAGGAGGCUUCUAAGGCAGAGGAACCUUCUACGAAGCGGCGCUCAGCUCGCCUCGCCAAAGAUAAAAAGUAA